AUGAAAUCGCAACGCGUUAUUUCGUUUCCUCGGAUGGUAUGCGGAGAUUGUCGCGUGUUUUUCGGUCUUUUCGGUGGAAAAUCAGCUUAAAUCUUGUGUAAUUUACUUCAAAUUUCCGGUUCGGUUCGGUUGAAUUUUCGCGGAUUAGUGCGUUUUUGAGAGGGAGUGAUAAAAGAAGACUGAAGUAGUGCUUUUCGAGGAUCACGUUUAAAUUUGGGAAUGGUUGAAAGUUCGAUACAAAUUGUGUAAAAUAAGUGCAUAGUGAACUAAAUAUUGCGCAUAAAACUGUAAAAGCUUGGAUAAAUUUAAUCAAACUUGAAGAAAAGCUGAUUUUUCCACCAUCAUCUUCCCCUCAUUGAACCCAAGCGGGAAAAUGUUUGUGCGUGUGUAUACCGGAAGAUUUUGACAAGGGACCCCCACGAUACGUACCGGAGAUUCCGAUAAGAUCUCGAGACUACCGCCGGUUGAAUUUGGAAAAUAGCAAAAAGCUUCGCUGUUCGCCCUUCCGAGGAGAUUCCCCAUCGAACGGAAAUGACAACGACGAGUGCUCCUAAAAGUACAUAGCCAAAGCGCAAAAGCCAAACUUUUCACAAACUUUACACCUGACCUGACCCGUUUCAUUCCCCGGAGAAGGUUUGAGGACGGAAGCAUCCGUGUGCAAAAAAAAAUAGUGAAAAGGGUUCACCCGAUAAAAGGAUUUCCGCAUAGAAGCUGCUUGGUGUUAACUUAGCUGUAGGGACGUGUAUAUGUCAGGCAGCUCAACACAACAGGAAACGAACGACGAGACACGCCCCAGCGGAACGAUAGAUUAUGGUUACCGUCAGUGCUGGUGACAACCGCAGCGACGAUUCUCUCCGGCAGCAGCAAAGUGCCACAGAAAGUUUAACCACCAGUUUCCCAACACCGGGAACGACGACGACGGCGACGGCGUCUGCUGCUGUUACUCCAACCUCAUCAAAGGCAAAACCGGCGGCGAUGGAACCAAACCGCGAAACUUUGUCUACCGGCAGCGACACUACACAUGCCUCAAUGUUGCCCUCUUCCGAGGUCAACCAGCAACCGGAAGCGGAUGGAAAACGAGGAAGGGAAGACGAAUCUGUCACUUCUUCAGGUGUUGCCAUUAGCCCUCCCAUCAUCUCCACCUUCAACCCCCGAAACAGAUCCAAAGCUGCUGCUGCUGCUGCUUCAGAUCAGUCCGGAAGCCGAAGGCCCAAACUUUCGGGUUAUGAGUUUUACGAGAAGGUUCUGGGCUCCCCGAAGUACGUGGUCGCCCCGAUGGUGGAUGCCAGUGAGCUGGCCUGGCGGUUGCUGAGUCGAAGGCAUGGGGCCCAACUGUGCUACUCGCCCAUGUUCCACAGUAGCUGUUUCACCAAGGAUCCCAAAUAUCGGAAGGAUUCGCUGCAAACGUGCCCGGAGGAUCGACCGCUGAUAAUACAGGUUUGA